AUGGAUGAUCCUGAACUGGAACAAAUCCGGCAGCAACGCCUUGCACAGCUUCAGUCUCAACAUGGGGGUACUGGAGACCCUAACCAUGCUAAGGCCCAAGAAGAUAAGAUGAAAGCUAUGGAAGAAGCUAAACAUUCAAUUUUAACACAAGUGCUCAGUCAAGAUGCCAGGGCAAGACUUAACACGAUAAAGAUUGGCAAACCGGAAAAGGGUGCUAUGGUCGAAAAUAUGAUUUGCAGAAUGGCACAAAUGGGACAAGUUCGCGGUAAAAUAUCUGAACAAGAAUUAAUUCAAUUGCUCGAAUCUGUCAAUCAACAGAUGCCUAAGUCAACAAGCACUGUCAAGUUCGAUCGUAGAAGAGCUGCCCUUGAUUCGGAUGAUGAUGAUUUUUAG